UCCUCCACACAUGAAGGUGAACGUGUCUGUAAACUGACCUGAGCUCAGUUCAGCAGGUGUGGACUCUGCUAUGCAUCAGUGGGAGGACAGAGAGGAGGGAGUCCCUCCCUCUAAAGCCACUCUGUGUGGGGAACAUGACAGCCAGACCAAAGCUCAGAGACCAGACUCUCCUGGACCUGGACCUGGACCCAGCUGUGUGUCCAUGAAGAGUGACCGGUCUAUGGACUUUCCUCCUACUUUUAAAAGACAACCCCUUCCAGAGACUCAACCAGACUCUCCUGGACCUGGACCUGGACCUGGACCCAGCUGUGUGUCCAUGAAGAGUGACCGGUCUAUGGACUUUCCUCCUACUUUUAAAAGACAACCCCCUCCAGAGACUCAGAUCCAUCAGCAGAGAGUUGACUCUCCUGGACCUGGACCUGGACCUGGACCUGGACCGGGACCUGGACCUGGACCCAGUUGUGUGUCCAUGAAGAGUGACCAGUCUAUGGGAACCCCUUUUACAUUCAACGAUGGACUUCAUUCUGUUAGGAUCCAUCAGCAGAGAGUUGACUCUCCUGGACCUGGACCUGGACCCAGUUGUGUGUCCAUGAAGAGUGACCAGUCUAUGGGAACCCCUUUAAUAUUCAGAGAUGGACUUCAGUCUGUUGAACUAAGAGUUCAGCAACAGAGAUCCCAAGUGAUCCCAAGAGACCUGGACCCCAUAUUUAAGCUGCUUGAGAAGAACAUUGUCAGCUUCAUGAAGAGCGAGCUGAAGAAGAUGCAAAAAGUCCUCAGUCCAGAUUACCCAGAAGGCUCUGCGGGUCAGAAGGAAGAUGAGGAGGUGUUGGACGGUGAGGAAGAAGAGCAGAUGAGGAGCAGCGGGGAAGCAUUUCUGAAGAUCACACUAAACCUCUUGAGAAGAAUGAAGCAGGAGGAGCUGGCUGACUGUCUGCAGAGCAAAACCAGUGCUGCAGUGUGCCAACAUGAACUCAAGUCUAACCUGAAGAAGAAGUUCCAGUGUGUGUUUGAGGGGAUCCCUAAAGCAGGGAACCCAACCCUCCUGAACCAGAUCUACACAGAGCUCUACAUCACAGAGGGAGGGAGUGCAGAGGUCAAUGAGGAGCACGAGGUCAGACAGAUUGAAACAGCAUCCAGGAAACCACACAGACCAGAAACACCCAUCAGACAAGAAGACCUCUUCAAAGCCUCGUCUGGAGGAGAGGAACCAAUCAGAACAGUGAUGACUAAGGGAGUGGCUGGCGUUGGGAAAACAGUCCUAACACAGAAGUUCACUCUGGACUGGGCUGAAGACAAAGCCAACCAGGACAUCCAGUUCACGUUUCCUUUCACGUUCAGAGAGCUGAAUGUGCUGAAAGAGAAGAAGUUCAGCUUGGUGGAACUCGUUCAUCACUUCUUCACUGAAACCAGAGAAGCAGCAAUCUGCAGGUUUGAAGAGUUCCCGGUUGUGUUCAUCUUUGACGGUCUGGAUGAGUGUCGACUUCCUCUGGACUUCCACAACAAUGAGGUCCUGACUGAUGUCACAGAGUCCACCUCAGUGGAUGUGCUGCUCACAAACCUCUUCAGGGGGAACCUGCUUCCCUGUGCUCGCCUCUGGAUAACCACACGACCUGCAGCAGCCAAUCAGAUCCCUCCUGACUGUGUUGGCUUGGUGACAGAGGUCAGAGGGUUCACUGACCCACAGAAGGAGGCCUACUUCGGGAAGAGGUUCAGAGAUGAGGAGCAGGCCAGCAGGAUCAUCUCCCACAUCAAGACCUCCCGAAGCCUCCACAUCAUGUGCCACAUCCCAGUCUUCUGCUGGAUCACUGCUACAGUUCUGGAGGACGUGUUGAAGACAAUAGAGGGAGGAGAGCUGCCCAAGACCCUGACCGAGAUGUACAUCCACUUCCUGGUGGUUCAGUCCAAAGUGAAGAAGGUCAAGUUCGAUGGAGGAGCUGAAACGGAUCAACACUGGAGUCCAGAGACCAGGAAGAUGACGGAGUCUCUGGGAAAACUGGCUUUUGAUCAGCUGCAGAAAGGGAACCUGAUCUUCUAUGAAUCCGACCUGACAGAGUGUGGCAUCGAUAUCAGAGCAGCCUCAGUGUACUCAGGAGUGUUCACACAGAUCUUCAGAGAGGAGAGAGGACUGUACCAGGAUCAGGUGUUCUGCUUCGUCCAUCUGAGUGUUCAGGAGUUUCUGGCUGCUCUUCAUGUCCAUCUGACCUUCAGCAAAUCUGGUGUCAACCUGCUGGCAGAAGAACAAACAACCUCCCGUUGGUCUAAAGUCUUUAGAGACAAACCUGAACCAAGACAUCUCUACCAGAGUGCUGUGGACAAGGCCUCACAGAGUCCAAAUGGACACCUGGACUUGUUCCUCCGCUUCCUCCUGGGUCUUUCCCUGGAGACCAAUCAGACCAUUCUGCGAGGUCUGCUGCGACAGACAGGAAGUAGCUCACUGACCAAUCAGAGAACAGCCCAGUACAUCAAGAGGAUGAUCAGUGAGAAUCAUUCUCCAGAGAAAAGCAUCAAUCUGUUCCACUGUCUGAAUGAACUGAAUGAUGGUUCUCUGGUGGAGGAGAUCCAACAGUCCCUGAGAUCAGGACGUCUCUCCACAGAUGAACUGUCUCCUGCUCAGUGGUCAGCUCUGGUCUUCAUCUUACUGUCAUCAGGAAAAGAUCUGGAGGUGUUUGACCUGAAGGAAUACUCUGCUUCAGAAGAGGCUCUUCUGAGGCUGCUGCCGGUGGUCAAAGCCUCCAACAAAGCUGUGCUGAGUGGCUGUAAACUCUCAGAGAGAAGCUGUGGAGCUCUGUCCUCAGUCCUCAGCUCCCAGUCCUCUAGUCUGAAAGACCUGGACCUGAGUUACAACAUGCUGCAGGAUUCAGGAGUGAAGCUUCUUUCUGCUGGACUGGAGAGUCCACACUGUGCACUUGAACAUCUCAGUCUGUCAUGCUGUCAGAUCUCAGAUGAAGGCUGUUCUUCUCUGGGAUCAGCUCUGAAGUCAAACCCCUCCAGUCUGAGAGAACUGAAUCUGAGUGGAAACCAGCUGCAGGAUUCAGACUUGAAGCUGCUGAGUGGUUUUCUGGAGAGUCCACAUUGUAGUCUGGAGACUCUGAGUCUGUCAGGCUGUGAGAUCUCAGAUGAAGGCUGUUCUUCUCUGGGAUCAGCUCUGAAGUCAAACCCCUCCAGUCUGAGAGAACUGGAUCUGAGUGGAAACCAGCUGAAGGAUUCAGGAGUGAAGCUGCUGAGUGGUUUUCUGGAGAGUCCACAUUGUAGUCUGGAGACUCUGAGUCUGUCACACUGUCAGAUCUCAGAUGAAGGCUGUUCUUCUCUGGGAUCAGCUCUGAAGUCAAACCCCUCCAGUCUGAGAGAACUGGAUCUGAGCUUCAACCAGCUGCAGGAUUCAGGAGUGAAGCUGCUGAGUGGUUUUCUGGAGAGUCCACAUUGUAGUCUGGAGACUCUGAGUCUGUCAGGCUGUUACAUCUCAGAUGAAGGCUGUUCUUCUCUGGGAUCAGCUCUGAAGUCAAACCCCUCCAGUCUGAGAGAACUGGAUCUGAGAGGAAACCAGCUGCAGGAUUCAGGAGUGAAGCUGCUGAGUGGUUUUCUGGAGAGUCCACAUUGUAGUCUGGAGACUCUGAGUCUGUCACGCUGUCAGAUCUCAGAUGAAGGCUGUUCUUCUCUGGGAUCAGCUCUGAAGUCAAACCCCUCCAGUCUGAGAGAACUGGAUCUGAGCUUCAACCGGCUGCAGGAUUCAGGAGUGAAGCUGCUGAGUGGUUUUCUGGAGAGUCCACAUUGUAGUCUGGAGACUCUGAGUCUGUCAUGGUGUAAGAUCUCAAAGAAAGGCUGUUCUUCUCUGGGAUCAGCUCUGAAGUCAAACCCCUCCAGUCUGAGAAAACUGGAUCUGAGUGGAAACCAGCUGAAGGAUUCAGGAGUGAAGCUGCUGAGUGGUUUUCUGGAGAGUCCACAUUGUAGUCUGGAGACUCUGAGUCUGUCAUGCUGUGACAUCUCAGAUGAAGGCUGUUCUUCUCUGGGAUCAGCUCUGAAGUCAAACCCCUCCAGUCUGAAAGAACUGGAUCUGAGAGGAAACCAGCUGCAGGAUUCAGGAGUGAAGCUGCUGAGUGGUUUUCUGGAGAGUCCACAUUGUAGUCUGAAGACUCUGAGGUCAGUAGAGGGUUUGUGUCCAUGUGUUGUUGUUGUUCAUGUCUACAGGAAGUGAAGCUGGAUCACAGCUGACAGCAUCACGAGAGGUUUAGAGACAGUGGUCCUCAUUCAUCAAACGGCGCCUCGCCACGUUGCCGCUUGUCUUGGACUUUGUU